CUGUCGAAGAUUUCCACUUUGGUUUUUUGAUUUUGUUCCUGUUGUUGAAGUGGCUGGUUGGUGGUGGUGACUGGUGACUAACUAAAAUCGUCCGUCUUUCGUAAUAGGUUCCAAAAAAUACAUAAAAUAUUGAAAAAUGUACUAUGUUGCGUCUGAAAAGUAGUCUUCUAUGGCUUGUGAUAUUUCGUGAUAUGUGUAUUGUAGGACACAAAUUCAAAGUAGGGUUCAUAAAGAUGUAAUCUAAAUUUUCCGAAUUCCACGUCGAGACAUGGGUUCCAGAGUAAGAGAUACCGUACGCUACUUGUUUGAACUAUUCUGUGAAGUUGCCCCAGGAGAUCAUUCAAAGGAGCCAUAUGUAGUUAGAAAAUACCCAGAAUCAUACAAAAAUGAAGAAGAGUUAAAGAAUAUUCCUAAAUUCACAUUCCCAUGUCAACUAGAAAAUUCAUUUGUUCAACAGUACUCAUUUGUGUUGACAUCUGUGGACUCCAAAUACACAUUUUGUUUUUGCCGCUAUGAUCCAAAAGCAAAUACAGCAUUGGUUCUGUUAUCACAUCUUCCAUGGCAUGAUAUAUUUUAUAAGUUAUUAACUUGUAUAGCUAAUCUUCUAAAUGGGCCAGAGAAGGGAGAGUUGAUAUCAUUUUUAGAAGCAUGCCGAAUAAGACCGCCCAUGCCUGGUCACACCUUGAAAGUCACAUACAAUGCUGGCCACAGUGUUUUUUCUUGCCAAUGUCCGGACGCAAAACUACCAAGUAUUCCUGAAAAUAGCAACCUUACGGAAUACUUUAGUGCCAUGGAUGCAAAGUGUAUGGCGGGUCUUUGGGCUGCAUUACUUCACGAGAGACGGGUAGCAAUCGUUGCUACUAAACCGUCUCGGCUGUCGGCAUGUGUACAGGCAGCUAACACAACACUGUUUCCUAUGUCAUGGCAACACAUAUUCAUUCCAAUAUUGCCAAAACAUUUGGCGGAUUAUUUGUUAGCACCUAUGCCGUUCCUCAUUGGAGUUCCUAGAAAUGUCAUGGAGAAAGUAAGGAUGUCAGAUAUUGGAGAUGUUGUGAUUUUAGAUGUAGAUAACAAUGAACUCAGAACACCCUUUCACGAUUUAGAAAGUCUUCCACCUGAUUUGGUAGCAAGUUUAAAAAAAGCUUUGAGUGAUAAAAAUGCCCUGGGAGAUGCUGUGUCGAGAGCAUUUUUGCGAGCAUUAGUAUGUUUGAUAGGAGGCUAUCGAGAUGCUAUAAAAAUUGAAAAUGGUCAGUUGAUCACAUUCAACCCUGAGGCUUUUGUGAGAACUAGAAAAAACAUGCAGACAUUCCUUAGAAAAAUACUGCAGUCGCAAAUAUUUCAACAGUUUAUUGAUGAACGACUAGAUUUGCUCAAUUCAGGACGAGGUUUCAACGAUGAAUUCGAAGUAGAGUGCAACAAUUACGCCGACAAGCUAAACACAGGCAGUGGCCAAAAGCUGAAACAGCAGUAUAGAGAUUGGGCAAAAACAGUUAAAAAAGAAGGUGGCGCCUUUUUCAAGACUGUCAAGGAUAAGGCGAACCCAGCAGUACAAUCGGCUGUGAAAACGGUUCGACAAGGUGGUAAAAAUAUGAAAUCAGCUGUAAGAGGGCUGAAAAACAAAAUACCACGAACUGGAUCCCGACCAUCUUCAAUUAAUACGACUGAUGAUAGCAGAUUCUCGUGCGGUUCAGCCACGCCUGUGUCAUCAGACUCAUCAUCAGAUUCAUCGCCGUCGCACGACCCACCGCCUCGUGAGGCCCCCCCUGCGUUACCUCUCGACUUGCUCACCGAAAUGGAGUUCCUAUUCUCGAAGAAAAACGCACAACGACGUGAUAGCUUCCCAAAUAGUUCGCACAAUUCAGACGCCAGCUUACAGGAUAAAUCAAAAACACUGUCACCAUGUCUCCCACCUCGGUUACCAGAACGUCCCCAACUCCCACUCCGUUACCCAAUCAUUUCCACGAGGAAACUAAUUGACCUCUCGGAUGCGCCGACCCCGCCGCCGCGGUCGGUCCCACCACCGAACAAUACGCACUUUGUCAGCAACAUCACAAAAAACGAUAUAGCAACGGAGAAAGACUUCCGCACCAGUGCAAUACGAUUCAUAGAAGGCACAGAUAAAGCCAAACUAAAACUUACCAUUUCAUCCAAUCAAAGAAAGGUGCCACAACAGAGUGCGACUUUGCCAUGUAACGGCAACGCGCCUAAAAUAACGGCACCGUCCCUAGGAGUUAGGCAGAACCAAGAUUAUUUACCCAGGGCCACUACUCGACCCACUGUCAACAUAGCUCCGAAAGGGAAAGCUCAAGAGUCGUUGGGCUCAGUGUCAGAUCUCAUUAAACUGGAUGAUUCGCCAUCAAGCUUAGAAGAUUUUGAUCCCUUGAUGUGUCGCGAAAAAGACAAAGUUGAACAGAUCAAGUCGUCUACCGACAGUGCUCUCUUACAUGAAUACGGACUUGACUUUAGUCAAUUUGGUUUGUUGGACUCCUACUCGGCCAGUUCUUCUGGCACUCGGCAGGAGGCUAGCUCCAGUGUGCCCAAAGGCUGGACAACAUUUAAUUAAAUGUCAACAAAGUAAGUAAACAAGGAAAUGGCUACUUAUUAAAGAAUUAUUUCAAACCAUGAUACGUAUUUUUAUAUAUUAUUAUAUUAUGUACAUAAAUGACACGUAAUUUUUAUUUGUAUAUUAAUGUUACUAUAGAGACUAUAAAAGUGGACAUUUCUUUGUUUAUAGCUAUUAGGAUGUAGAAUUAUUAAAGGACUGUCACUGCAACUUCUUUACUCAUUGUAAAAUAAUAUCUGUAUAGUUUGCGUAAUUAUAGUUAUAUUUUUUGUAUAACGCUUUUUUACCUAGUGAUUUUAUUAUUUAUUGAUGAGGUGAUUUUAGUAAUGCUGUUUAUAAAAUACCUAGUAAUUAUUGUAUAUAAUGUUACAUAUCAAUUUAUAUUAAUGUGCAAUGUAUAUGUAUAUGUGUUGUAGAUUUCACUUAUCAGUAAACUAUUCCAAGUAAGUACCUAUUUUGGGAACUUUUUAAUCAUUUCGUUUGAAGUGAUUAGUCGAUUCUAGUUCUUCCCAAUUAUGGUUUUGUUUUAUUGUUGUUUAUGGAUGUAACUCAUAUUUAAUCCUCGUUUUGACCUACGCCGUAGAUAUAUUGUAAAUGUAGAUGAAUUUAAUAACACUGCGCUGUGAGCUAUGUUUCGAGUUUAAUCGAAGUACCUGAGCCGAUCUAUCCAUUUAAUUAUACAUUUUCAAACAAAAUAAUUAAAGCGAUGAAACCAAAAGGUGCAUAUUUAUGUAUUCGUUCUCCAAGUUUAACUUUGGUAUAAAAAGUCCAAACAUAGCUCGACAUAUACCUAAAUUCUUUAGAAAUUUCCUUAUAUGUAAACAAACACUUCUGCACACAAUUACACCAUAAUCACUUACGUGUUCAUAAUAUCAUACACAUUAUUUCACAAGCCCAUGAAACCAACUUUAUUCUCACGAUUAUACAAGUUUGGAAUCAAUCUUUAAACAAAUUAUUUUAGCAAAAUAUGUGGACGAUGAAAAUUUGUGAGACUUGUCAAAUUGACUUGAAGUUUAAAAUUAUUUGUUAUCUCCAUGUUGUCUCUGACACAUCAGUGUUGUAACCUGUAAGUCAUAGACAAUAGUCGGUAAAUGUAAUCGAUUUUAUUUCAAUUAUUCAAUCAUUUUUAUUACUGAUUGCAUUUAAAUAGAUUUAAAUAGGGUCUUAAUCAACAAUGUAUUUUUUCUUCAUUGAAUGUACUACUAAUUAUUUAAUGCAUUGCUUUAUAAAGUAUUAUAAAUUCUUUCUAUAGGUACUAUCGGGGACUCUUCCGCCUGACCACUUUGUAGAAAUUUUAGCGUAAGCGCAUCGCUCCGGUCACGUGCUCACCCCGUCUCUAAUUGGUUACGCAUUUUACUACGACCAAUAAGAGACAAUCAGGGCUUAGGUUGCAAUACGAAAUACCAUUGUGCACUUUAUUGUCAUACGGUUAAGGUUUAAAACGAAAUGUUUCUUUUUCUUCAAUCUUUCUUAGUUUUAGGCUGAGUUGCACCACCUAACUUUGACCGUAGCUAUAACGGUAACCGGUGCUUUUUGUAUGGAGUUUAACAGAUUUUUGACGUUUGACAAAGUUAAAGUAAGAUGGUGCAACUCAGCUUUAGAAUUUUAAUAAUAGAAUUUGGUUACAAACAAAUAGAUAAUAUGUAUUUUUUUAAUAUUGUAUUUUUAUACGAGGUCUGUCUGCUUUUUGCUUUGGCGAACUGUCGACAUAUUCUCUCCUUUGUUUUUUGUGAAGUUUUGUGAUCCCUAACCGAUUGAUUUUGUUUUGUGUUGACCCGUGCUAGUAAUUGGACUGUUUGAUUGCCUUUUUAUUGACCUCCGCGCGAUUACUGAAUCAUGGCCUCUCAAAAUAAUUCUUAAUUCUUAUAUUUAAUUACAAACUUAUCUAUCUAUACAUUGUUAACUGUUUAAGUAUUAUUUAGUUUGAAGUUUAAUUUUUAUUGAUUUAAAACCUUGUGUAAAGACACUUAAUGUGCAAUAGAAAAAUUAUUUUGAAAUAAAACUAACUUAAUAUUAUAAUAUUUAUAAUAACCAAUUACCUGGAUCAUUGCUACCUAGUUACAAUAUUUGUAUUAAAUUGUAAUAACGUAGAUAAGUGUUUCUUUUAAACGGAAAACAAAAGUUGCUAAUGUAUUAAAAAUAAAUAGAAACCUAUUAUAGGUUUUUAUUUACCAGCCAGAUCUUAUAAUAAUUGUUUUUAAGCCACAAAUAUUCCUUAACUAUUUCCUAAUUAAUUCAAUAACAUAUAGUUUAUAAAUUAUAAGUUCCGAAUAAAUUAAAUACCUAUUAAACAAGUAAAAUUCGAAAGUGACUGUAUGAUUUUGCAUUUUUCGCCUUAACUAGCUAAACUAAUAUCAUGAGAUUUACAAUCUUAAUAUGAACAAUAAUUAUAGAAAGGGCUACUUUUUUCUCAGGAAAUUGCACAGUUACCUCGGAAUGUGCGAUAGCAAUUUUGUGACCCGAGCGGGCAAUCGCUAGUUAAAUUUUUACACGAAGCCCCAUAUAAUAUUUUGUAGCGAUUCUUUAUUGGGUUUCAAAUUUACUAAAAUGCGACGUUGCCAAACGAGCGCUACGGAUGCGGGUAAGCUAAGCAAUACUCAAUCCUAAACGCUUUACAUAGAGCUUGGUUUGCUAGGGCAAACAUCUACAGUGGUGCGCCGACGCUGCUUAGACCCGAAACAUGAAUGAAUGGGGGCGUAGCUUAAUCGAGCGUGUGUGUGCAAACAAUUUAGGCCCUUAAGGUGUCAAGGCGUCCGAGUCCCCGAUAGUACGUAAGUACUACAAUAAUUUCAAUCCGCGAUUAACGAGAGGUUUUGUCGCCUCACUAGGGCACAGAUUUAAAAUGUUUUAAUGUCAGUUGGCCAUAUUUGUUUACAUAUAGGGAAAUUUCUAAAGAAUCCGACUUUAGGUAUGUCCCAAAAAUUAUGUCAAGCGAAAGCAAAGAAAUAACACCCAUAACGUUACAUACUCGAAUCAUGCACAUAUGCUCACGGCUCAAUCGUGAACGUCGUACACGUGAACGUCGUACAAAAAACAGUAAUAACAUGGUGGUGAUAGUAGUAGCCCUAAGGAUGUUCUACUUCUUAGCUUGACAUACUUUUUGGUCUCCGUAAAAAUAUUAUUCUCGUAUACUUAUUUGAUAAAUAAAUAUUAUAAAAAGUACAAUUAGAUGUAACAAAUAAUGAAAUUAUUUUGUCAACUUUUACCAAAAUAAUUAUUAACUCACAAACACGAAUAUUUAAUCGAAUCAUAUUUUUUCAUAAGGUGCUGUAAUAAGCUUAAGAAUCGGUCGUUCUCUAGUGUCAACAAAUUAUUUAUUUCUAUUUAAUACUACCAUCAAUACCGUCAAGAAAACAUAUUGUGCAUUGUCUACUACUACAAACAUAUUUAAAAAAAACUGAUGUGUUGUUAUGAUCCAAAAAAAUGUUAAGUGAAAAUUUGAGGCCAAAUUAAAAGCAUAAGCAGUAAUAAGCACAAAUUAAAUGUAGUUUAAUAACAGCGAACACAAAGUAAUAAUUAUUGCGUGUUACUUGCUUGCUUUAGAAGAUCAUCCAUCACUUGUUCUGUAUUAAAUUGAUCAUGUAAUAAUACUGAGAACAAAAAAUAAAGAAUUAUAGGAGAAUUCGUUUUAUUUGAA